AUGUUUCACCUCAACCAGGCCUUCCACGCCGCCAAGGCAGCCCCGGACACUUCUGGACCUGGUCUCCCCACCGAAUUCUACGUGCGCUGCACCGAGGGCCUCGUGACGUACAUUCUCCCUUCCUAUGAACAGGUCCGCAGCACGAAGAUUUUCGUUCCUUCCGAAAGGGGUGAAUCUCAGCGCGUGACUGCCGUGACCAACUUGCCGUUCCCAAUCGGGCGAUACUUGCCACCGAAUGGAGUCUACCAUGAUCAAUACGCGAUAGGAGAAGCGAUGAAUUCGUCGGCAAUGGAUCCUCGAGGCAAAUGCUUGUCAUGCUAUCGGCCCAAGCACGGAACUGCGGGGCCAAGGUGUCAGAAGAAAUGUCUGAUCUGCGAUACCCAAGAUCACCCUGGAAAGCCCUGCAAACGCUUGUAUUUCGAGUUGGAUUGGUGGAAAGAGCAUGGGCGCAUCCUGGAAAUAGGUAGUGACAUGCCAGUCCGUCCGUCACUGGCCGAAUGGGCCUAUCUUAGCAUAGCUGGGAUCCUCGAAGGCAUCAGUGCUCCAGGGGGGCCUAUAGUUGUGUGUUGGGACCAUCCCGUCGUCAAGGAGCACUACCCAAGACCGCCUGGCCCGGAAAUCAAACAUAGCCUACCUGCCACUUUACUGCUGGCUCAACGACGUGAGAUGGCGACAAAGGCAUUGCCAUCACAUAAGCUGGAAAGACAAAGUAGCGUAACGAAAGCGGAGGACGCUCAGGAUACCCACGAUGUCCCGAUAGCAGCUCACCUUGAUCGCGUUAGUGGUGGUGAGGCUGACUUGCAAACUGAGCUCGACCGUCAGAAGGUAAGAGUCCUGGAACUCGAAGCAGAACGGGAUGCGAGAGACGCUCUCAUCACCAAGCUCGGCAAAGAAAACGAGGCCCUAAAGCGCCGCGUGGCCAUGCGCGAGGACCAGCUCAACAGGAUCACAGUUGUUGCCUGUGAGCCUGGAUCAACGAAUGGGAGAAAGCGGGUCCGACGAGAAGGUGAUGUAGGCAUCAAAGUUGAGGCCAAGUAG